GCUAAAGAAGAAGAAUUGGAUCGACGAAAGCUAACGCUUAAUAAUACCCUUGCUGAUAUCAAUUCUAAAAAACGAGUUCUCAGCGACUUGGCCAAUGCUGAACAGGAAGCAUUCCACAAUAAAUUUCUUGUCCUGAAAAACAAUGGACGAUCGAUGGGAUGUGGUGAAGCAUGGCAGUGGUAUGAGGCACACAAGGAACAAUUCAAAUAUCCCGUUUAUGUCCCCCUGUUGUCUAUCACUCUAGUUUCCGAAGAAGCCGGGAAAUACCUUGAAAAUAUUGUUGCGCAACGGGAUUUCUUGAUGUUCAUAUUUGGUUGCGCUGAAGAUGAAUCGUUGUUGACCGACAAAAGGCAUCCGUGGAGAAUUAAUUCAUGUGUAGUGAGCAAAGAGGAGGUAACGACUUUUUGCUGGUUUUCUUAA